AUUUAUGACGACCAGAGAAAAAGACUAGGAAAUUAGAACACGGUAUCGUGCUACGGUGCACCACAGCGAUCGCAACUUUUAGGGAGACAACGCAAAUGAGAGUUGAAACAAAACGACUGUAUUCUAUUUAUAAAACAAUUCAACGUAGUUAGAGGUUUUAAGCUUUUUAAGGUAUUAUCUUGCUAAGUUUUGCGGCUCUGCGGCCAAUACAGUGGCUAAAUGCAGCGUUAGCUGCGGAAAAAGGAGUUUAAAAGAGCAGUGGCGAGAGCGAAGCGCACAUGGCAGCGCUGUUUUGUUAUUGUGUUACAGCAAGCGUCAGGCAGCGGGCGGGGGAAUUGUGGACGCGCACCUGUUUUAGAUGAAUUACGGUAGACUAAACUGUCCCUAACAUAUCUCCAACAACAGACACAACCCGAGUAAUUCAACACUGAUUUCUCCCCCGAACGAGCAAGGGACGGACGAGAUGCCAAAAAGCCGAGCGAGGAACAUCAGCGGGACUUCUGGAGUGCUUAUGCAUUGAAGAAAAGAGAGAAAAAGGGACAGAAAAACGGGACAGGAAAGUGCAGCGAGAAGCACUGAAGCUGCGUGCUAUUUCUCAUGCAACUUCCAGCGAGGGUGAGCAUGCAAUGCAGCCCCUGAGCUAGUGCACCAUUAUUGUUCACCAAGUGAGUGAUCAGUGUAAGAAAGGACGCUCAUCAAGGAAGGACUCGUAAAGACGCUCCUCACGCCGAGUUAUGGUCUUGCCAUAUCAAUCUUAGAUCGAGAUUUCUUUUUUUCUUUUAUUUUCCUUUUUUUCCACCGUUUUUGGGAUCGCUGGGACAAUUCUCCAAACCUGGAAGUGAAAUAUCCACAUGGUCCAGCCAGUAGCGUGAAACUUCACUUCUUCGCUAUUUCCUAACAGGUGCCACGUGAUGAUGGUAGAAUCAGCAACAGAGACCAUUCGAACAACCCCCUCCAAUCAGAAUGGAGUCAGCAGCCUAAGCAGCCAAUCAGAUAGCGGGGGGAGAGAAGGCGGGUCCAACGGUGACACCAACGGGGAGAUCAGCCCUGUGGACUUACUGCACCUUCAGCAGCAGCAGGCCCUGCAGGCUGCUCGUCAGUUCCUGCUUCAGCAGGCCACCGGGCUCAGCUCACCCAGCAGCAACGAGGUCAAGCAGGCCCCCGUGCAGGUGCCCGUCUCCAUGGCAAUGAUGACCCCCCAGAUGAUCACGCCCCAGCAGAUGCAGCAGAUCCUGUCCCCCCCACAGCUGCAAGCCCUGCUCCAGCAGCAGCAGGCUCUCAUGCUCCAGCAGCUGCAGGAGUACUACAAGAAGCAACAGGAGCAGCUGCACCUCCAGCUUCUCACACAGCAACAGCAAGCAGGAAAGCAGGCCAAAGAGCAGCAGCUGGGGAACAAACAGCUGGCCUUCCAGCAGCAGCUGAUCCAGAUGCAGCAGCUACAGCAGCAGCACCUUCUCAACCUGCAGAGGCAGGGCCUGGUGAGCCUGCAGCCGGGACAGGGCACCGUGGCCAUGCCAGCCCUGCAGCAAGCCAUGUGCCCUGCCGACCUGCAGCAGCUUUGGAAAGAUGUGGCAGGCGUGCCGAGCACGGAGGACGCCAUGAAGCACGAGGGCCUCGACCUGAGCACCACCAGCUCCAACUCUACCUCAUACUCGGCCUCCAAGGUCUCACCUCAGAUCACCCACCACUCUCUGCCAAAUGGACAGAGCUCCAUUCACACUCCAAAGAGGGACAGAGCAAGACUCUUUGAGUGGAUCUCGUCGUUCUCCAAGGCCGAGCCCGCCGAUGAGCAUCUCAUGCCUCACUCGAAGGGGGGGUACCUGCAGAACACGCACUCAUCCCACGAAGAGCACACGGCUACCCACCCCCUCUACGGGCAUGGAGAGUGCAAGUGGCCUGGGUGUGAGGCGCUCUGUGAGGACAUGGGACAGUUUAUCAAGCACCUCAACAGCGAGCAUGCCCUGGACGACCGCAGCACAGCACAGUGCCGGGUGCAGAUGCAGGUGGUUCAGCAGCUGGAGAUUCAGCUGGCAAAGGAGAGCGAGCGUCUGCAGGCCAUGAUGACACACCUGCACAUGCGCCCAUCGGAGCCAAAGCCUUUUAGCCAGCCGCUAAACCUGGCUUCCAAUGCCUCCAUCCUGAAGCGUGAGAGCGAUGCCUAUCCUGAGGGCUUACCUCACCCGCCCACAUCGGCGGCGGCCCCCAUUACGCCGCUGCGCCAAGGCCCCUCCGUCAUCAGCUCCUCUGGCCUGCACGGAGUCGGGCCCAUCCGCCGGCGCAACUCUGACAAAUUCUGCACCCCAAUCGCCUCAGAGCUUGCGCAAAAUUGCGAGUUCUACAAAAAUGCAGACGUCAGGCCCCCCUUCACCUACGCCUCGCUCAUACGACACGCCAUUCUGGAAGCCCCAGACAGGCAGCUGACACUCAAUGAGAUCUACAACUGGUUCACGCGGAUGUUCGCAUACUUCAGGAGAAACACGGCGACGUGGAAGAACGCCGUCCGCCAUAACCUGAGCCUGCACAAGUGCUUUGUGCGGGUAGAGAAUGUGAAAGGCGCCGUCUGGACCGUGGAUGAAGUCGAGUACCAAAAGAGGAGACCACCAAAGAUGACCGGAAGCCCCACCCUGGUGAAGAAUAUGAUUUCGGGACUGGGAUUCGGAUCCCUCAACGCCAGUUACCAGGCGGCCCUGGCGGAGAGCAGCCUCAGCCUGCUGAACAGCCCCACCAUGGUGAAUACCUCCACUGGUGGCAGCCUCAACAUGAUGCACGUGGGCCAUGAUGACGUCAGCAGCACCGUGGAGCAAGUCAAUAGCAACGGCAGCUGCAGCCCCGGCCUUUCCCCUCAACAGUAUGGCCACCAGGUUCAUGUGAAGGAGGAGCCAGCAGAGAUGGAGGAAGAUAGCCGACCUGUGUCCCUCAUGGCAAAAGUCAGCCAGAACCUAGUGUUGCCGGGCGACGAGCGGGAGAUAGAAGAGGACCUUCCGACUGAAGACCUGGAGUGAAGGGGCGGGGCCUGGAUCAAAGGGGCGGGGCCUGGAGCCAAGGGGCGGAGCCUUGAGCCAGGGGGCAUUGUGCAGUGACCCCCUUCCCCCUCCUGUAAAGCAAACGUUCCACGAAAAAAAAAAACACGAGGAAACCAGUAUUGACACAAAACGCAAGAAAAACAAACAAACAGGGUUAGACCUCACAUCUGCUCACCACCGUAAGUCUGCAAGUCUUUGGACCGUGCACAACACGCAAAAAACGAAACAACGCACUGAAACAUCAUUUUCGUCUUCUUUUGCAUCGCUCUCUUUCUAUCUUAUAAGCGUUUGUGUCAGUGUUGUGUUUUUAUACACACACACAGCUUUCAGUUGUCCCCCAUUUCCCCCGGCAUUUAAUGACUCCCCUGUUAAAGUGCCCUCCCCCAAUCCGCGAUCGACACUGAUACCGUGAGCGACUCUGGUCCGCCAGUCCACGUACUGCUGUGGGGUAAUUGUCAAUGCAAGCAAACACACCAAAACGCAUGUACAUAGUUUUGGAGUAAUUUUGGGAGGUAGCUACCUCUUCUCACCAAUCGCGAGGGUCGUUUUCAGUCGGAAAAUGCCGCUUGGUGGCGGCGGGGAGGGGCAGCAGUGUCUUUAAAGAUUACCUCAGAUAUAUGUUAACUAAACGAAAAUCACUGAUCAGUAUCUGCAGCUGAGUUAUUCCCUCAAUUACUCCUGGUGUUUUUGUAUUAUUAUUACUACCGUUUGUUUUUAAAUUUAAUUUCGAGGGGACUGCUGGACAGCGCCGAGGUGCGGAUUCGGUAGCCGUGAAGCAUUUCGGGUGACACGCAGAAAGACUUCCUGGAGAGAUGACCGUGGCGUCUCUCGCUAAAGCUUCGGUUUCAUCCCCUUUUCUAUUUUUUUUUUUUGUCCUCGCAGGACUGGAAUGGCGGGUGGUUUGAAUUGUUCAUUCCCGUCACGGGGCAACGUUGACCUUUUGUAAUUUAGAAAACGACUGCUUGUGACUUUAAAAAAAAAAAACCCCGUAGAGCCCUUUUCGCGAGCUGUUUCUGCCAGAAUCAGAAAUCAUGUUUUUUUUUUCGCUUAACAAUAACGGAGAGAAUCGUUGUUUCCUAUACAAUAAUCGAGGGAAAACACAUAAUUGAUUUCCUGCUUCAGUUAGUUUUUUUAAAGUAUUACUGGCAAGAUUUUUUUUAAACAAGAAAACUGUUUAAAAUGGAAGGCCAUGUAUUUGAGACAAAGUUAUAGGUGGUGAUAAUGUGUGCGCUAGGUAUUUUUAUUUUGAUUUUCUUUUGUUUAUUUCUGAGGACCAGCUUUUUAAUGGUGGCAUGUCUGAUGACUACAAGGCUUUUUUUGGGAGGGAGGGGAUAUUAUCUGCUCUGUAUGUUCUCACCAUUUCAGACUGGGCAAUUUGUGAUGUGCAGAUGUCUCCUGUUCAGUAUGGCUAAGUCACCUUUCUGAAUAUUGCCAGGUUUCAUCCUUUCUGUGUGGCAGAUUACUGAGAUUAGCACUUAACAUCUAAGGAUGGGGCAGCAGGCACGGUCACACUGGGGUCCGCACACUAAGGAGGGAAGAACAUUUUCGCCUGAACGUGAAACGUGACCACAAGCUCCAGAUCCUUAUCUUAUCGCCUGCUUGGCAAUGAAGGGUGUAAAGUUUUUGUUACCAAGAAUUGACUCCAUCUAAACACUUAGGAAUCCACCCCUACUGCAUACAGUAAUUGCUGUCAGAUUUAUUUUCUGCGUGACAUUAGCUGCAAUACGAAGCGUUGCUUUAAAAACGAAAUAUAUAUGUGUAUAUAUAUAUAUAAAAACUUGCAGUCACAGAAUACCUCAUUCCAUGAAGAUCCCACCUGAACAACGGUAUCCAUUAAAGAAAAAAAUCAUCUAGAGAAUUUUCGAUGUGGAUAAUCGGCGCUGCAUCCCUCGAUAUCAGUUACACACGUUCCACGCGUUAUAGAUGUAGGAAGCUCCUUGCAGUUCACUGUGUGAGUUUACUUUCUUGAAAUGGCACCUAAGAUCUUAGUUUUAUUUAAUUUUUGUCAGUGAGCACAACAGCAUCUCCUCCCUUUCGUACAGUGCCAUACCAAAUUUAACAAAUAACUUUAUGUAUUUUUUCCCAUUUUGCUUUUGUUACAGGUUACCAAAGAAACGUGUAGUAAACCAAAAACCCUUAUGUUUUUUUUUUCUUCCUUCCAAAAAAAAAAAACAAAUAAUGCUGGCCAAAUGAAUACAGAUCUGUAAUUUAAAUUAUUGUUAUUCUUUUAAGUUAAAUGAUUUAAUCUUACAGUACAGAGCAUUCCAAAAACCAAAGUUAUACCACGAAGAAAACCGAGAAUUGGGUUGCUUGAAAGCUUUGAAAAUGUCAGUUAUCUGGGGUGAAGAAUCCAUCAUGCGUACAGAAAAAAGGCCAAAAACAUACAGUAUUAAAGUACAAACCUCUUGCAGUUCGUUAGUAAGAAGAAAGCACUUACCCCUUGUCUCAGGCUACACCAGUGUUGAAAACACAACCCUAAAAAGCUUCUUGGUAGAAGAUUGCAAAGAAUUAUUUUACCCUUUUAAGGCACUUGAACAUGAUCGUAAUAUUGCCUGUAUGUGAGAGUGACACUCGGACCGUUAUAUUACCUGUAGUGAAACUCAGAGUCAGUGUUCGUUGUGAUGUUAAAGUACUCGACCCCCACGCGUCCCCAGCCUCAGUAUACAUACACUUAGGUGGACUGAAUAACAGAUAUAAUACCAAAAAUAGAAAAAACAGGUAUUGCAGGCACAUAAUGAAACCACUCCACCGAUAUAUAUAAUGCAGCUUUAGAGUUACGUUUGUAGGCCGUAGAUGUAAAUUGGACAUACCUUGAAAUGAACUGUUUUGUUUUUUGUUUCAUUUUUUUUUGUCUUUUUUUGGUGCUGCUGGUGUUCCUGAAAUGCCGAUAUCAUCCAUAUCGGUAGCGGGAUAAUACCAGGAGCGAGCAGAAUACCACUAGCAUUGCUGCGGUUCGAAAAGGCCGGGGCUGUCAGAGUGAUGUCCUGCAGACUCGUACCAACACUUGCGCGACAUACAGGAAGGACUUUCCUGAAGACUUGCACACAUGGACAAAGAGUGUGUGUGUUUAUAUACUGCUUUGAAGAAAGAGGUCAGGUUCCUGUUAAACCGGUGGGGGGGGGGGGUCAUUUCCCCAAGAAAAUCAGUGCCCGUAACAGUCAUUCUGUAUGCGUUUGUUUUAUUUUUUUGCCCAAGGAUUAAACUUUCAAAUUUCUCAAUGUCAAAGGAGUAUUUUUACGGCAUUCAAAUGGCUAAAUGUAUCCAAAAAUCUAUCUGGUAAACAUGACAGCUUUGCAGGUUAUAGCCAAGGUUUUAGGGAACGAGGCAAAGACCAAAAACACUACCUCCUCCAAAAAUGGUUCACCCAGUAGACGGCCAGUGCUGAAUGUCCACAUGGAAUAAACGUGUCCUUUUUCUUUAUUAAUAAUAAGUGAAUAUACCAAAAUACAGUUUACUUUAGCAACAGGACAGACUGGCACAUUUGCCCGGCUACCUGUUCUCCAAAUUCAUGAGCACGAACAGAAAAUAGCAUAUUACGUUGAAAAAGAUGACUACCUCUCCCAAACACUGAGAUGUAUUAAGCAUGAGCACGAGUGAUCAGCGUAUCUGUAAGGUUUACAGAGGAUACGUACUCGCCAUCUUGAAGCAAUCCUAUCAUAUUCUCUAUAACUAGGCCCUCAAUAGGGAGGCUUAACUGUGUGCUGUGAUUCCGCGUGCAUGAUAAAGUCCACGAUCACGUCAUGCCAGUGAGAGCAGUUGGGAUGGCCAGGCAGUAGGGGGCGCUCAAGAGGGCAGUCAGCGGGGUGUCAGAGCCGACGACGGGCACAACUCAUUACUGCGGGUGCUUUGGGCCAAAUACAAACGUGCGGUUAAGAUGACGACCCGUUCUGUCCAAGUGCUGUGGAGGAUGUAUUUCCCAAUUCUUGCACCAUCCCAGAGAAUGCGGGGAAAUGGCGUCGAUCGUCUAGAGAGCUUCACCUGUCGCUGCGCUCCGGGAACACGCGGCCAUCCCUUUUGAGGGGCCACGUCACCGACGACAGGAAGUUGUCUUUAGGAGCCAGGACCACUGAAUACAUGGGGGAGGGGGGGUUAACAAGAUAUCCAAAGAGUAGAGCAGAGCUUGUUGACUCGCUAUGCCCACGACAAGGACAAAAAUUGUAUAAAGUAAUCUUUCACAGUAAAGAAACAGCUGCAUUUCAAAAGAAAAAACACAAAAAAAUAAUGUCGGUUGUGUGUUAAGGUACACCUGUAAACAGAGUCCUUUUCUAAGAUGUAGAUUGACAUCGGUUGAUGAUAUUAGCGGAUCUUUGAAACAAUUAUUUUACUUUCCAGCCUUGAUGUUAUGAUGUAUUGUAUAUUACCGCUUGGUUUAACUCUCCAGGGCAUUUUUUCCAUUCUUUAUUUUUAAAUUUUCUUGUUUUUUUUCCCUGCACCUGUUUAGCUGUUGUAAAGCUUUGAGCUCAGAAUGCCUAUACUGUACCGCUUAUGCUAAAGUGUAUGUCUUUAUCAUACUAAGUGCUGCAGGUAUCAUGGUUAAAUAGUUUUUUUUUCUUCUCCUAUUUUUCAGUUUACUUCAUAAAACGUCUGGGACGAUGAUGAUUUUUUAAGUGUAUUAUCUUUAAAAAAAAAAUUAAAGAAUAAAAGUUAGAUAAGUGGUUUAGGUAACACACCUGUUUGUAUAUUUAUCUUAGCUAGGUCUAUUUUGAUACUUUUUGUCUCUGUACUGCAUUUAUGCAUUUUUAAGGAAAAAAAGAAAGAAAACAAAAAGUUGAAUUCGUUGUGUAUUGAUACCUCAGAAGGACUUUUCUCAAAGAUAGGACCAAAACCUCAAAAAGAGAGAACAAAAGCAAGGAAAUAUGUAGCCCUCUCUUGCUUGUCAGAAAGAGCAACUUUAAGGUAUUUUGUUGGUCCUUUUAGGUGCCAAUAUGUAUACAAACUCCCUUUAAACAGAGUCAUUCCUGUAUUGACCAUUACCUUUGAAGACUGUCUUUCACGAAUCGGUGGUAGUUUCCAACUGUUGCUGUGUCUUGAUGACCCAGAAAGGCAUGGAGUGACUUGUGGGUGCCAUGUAUCUGUUCUUACGGCCGCCUGAUGGAAUGAGAGUUCCGUUUGACCUUUGACCUUGCGGCAGAGAUGGGGUCUGCCAUUCCCUGCUUCUCUUGUCCUCCCUGGUGUUGAGAAAAUAAGCAACUCCUUUCCAGUUUUGUCUGUACUACAAUGAUUUUCACUCAACCCUAAAUACGUGGACUCAUUGUCAGAAAAGUAAGCAAAGACUAAAGGCUUUUUCUUUAAUCAUUUAUCUCUGUGAAUGUCCCUUUGUGAGAUUUCACACCCUUAGCAGUGUACCAAAAGACGUCCGAAGGCCUUCACCUUCUGUGGCCACCAAAACCGGGGUGUGUGAGGCUGCCGUCUGUAUCCCCACUGCUGCAGUGACCAAAGCCAAGCGAUUCGGGUGACAGAGGUGAAAGGUUGGCACUCGGGUUGUUAAGGUACGCCGGAAAAAUGAUCGCGAGAUCGGAAAAGAUGGUCCGUGGAUAUGAUGGUGAUUUGCAUGCGACCGACUCGAUGGAUUUGCUAUUGAACUCCGCGAUGCGAUUGGAACUCUGUUACUCGAUGUAUGGCAGCUUUGAGUUUUUUUGUUUUUAUAUAUAUAUAUAUAUAUAUAUAUAUAUAUAUAUAUACUUUUUUUGGUUGGGGGGGUUGGCCGGGGAGGAUAGUGACGGAGCUCCUACCGAUUUGGUAUCAACUUCUCGGCCAACAAAACGGAACUACCACUUUAGCCCUUCCUUUCCAUCCGAUGAAUGUGUGUACAUUUUCAGCAGUGACUUCCUGUACCUACUUUGGUUUUUGACCUUUUUUUUUUUUGUUUGUUUUGUUUUGUUUUUCUUUGAAGCCCAGGGAAGUGGGAGGUGGCUGGUUUGAGGUAAUGUAAAAGUUAAAAAAAAAAAAUAAAAAAUAAAAAAAAGAAUGGAAAAGCAACAGACGAGCUUGUUGCUGUUUGCCUGGGCAGCCCGUUUUAUAUCAGUCACUGCCGUAUCCUUCAUGCUGUAUAAAAAACAUAUAUCUGUGUAUUUGUAACCUGAAUCUUCUUGUGUCUGUUCCUGCAGACAAUAAAAAAAAACUGUACAGUAGUUCUAGUUGCAUGUAAUCUGUACUAAUUAUUGACAAUGGCAUUAUAAAAAUGCAAUAAAAUACUUAUUACACUGUC